CUGUGUCGCGCGAGACGUUCAGUUAGUGAAGCUCGUGCACGUCCCAUCCCCGCUCUAGCUUCCGGCAAGCUCGAAAACUUCAGUUUUCAGCUAAUUUCAGGUGUCGUGAUUUUUGUUUUGUCUUGUUUUGUUUUGUUUGCGGGAGGCCGACUUUAAAGUUUGGAGUGAUAGCCGUCAGGACUAUCAGCCACAGAGGAUUUUAACGGGGUUAACGUGAUACACCCUGUAACCACUUGAAUAAUGAAAUCAAACCACUGAAGUCAUUUACAGACUGUAUUGGCUAAUGUCACAUAGGCCUAAAUGGCCUCCAUGGAGAGGAAGCACGAGAUUUGCAGUCCGUUCAUCCCGCAACGCAAUGCUUUGAGGAAGACAAGUGCAGAAAUAGUCAGUGAAGCCAGACAAUCCCUGCGAGUUCAAUCCACCCAGCGACCGUUUACUCCCAGAGAUGGACAAAGGCAACUUUUUGGGAAGAGUUAUGUUCGCACAGACUGUGACAACAGACCUCCAUCAACUUUCAGCCUUCAUGCACAAAAUUUUGAUGCUCCUGACUCCAGGCCAGGUUCAGGGACUCACCUCUCUCCUCUGGACCAUAAGCCAAAGUUUCCAGUCCCCUGCGAUGCUGAGGAUCCAUUAAAGGCCUUUCCCAAACCCCCCACCGACCCACUGGAAGUGAAGAGGGGCCUGGCAGGGGCACGGACCCGCCUCCUCAGGGCUGGCUCUCUCACCACGUUGCCUCCUGUAGAGGGACACACAGAUGUGAAAGGCAGAUUAAACUCAGACCCUGGACAAAAGCAGCUGUCAGCUAAAGGACUCGCUACUACAGACCACACGGAGGUCCGCAGGGGUCCCCACAAACCUGGCCCACGCAGAACAGCAAGUGAAAGUAGAAUACCACAGCCUGGUGUUGACUCAGGACUUAGACCCACAGAGUGCAGAGCAGGAUGGAGAACAGGGAUGGGGAAUGGAGACAACACCACAAGCACCGAGGAGGAUGCAGAGUCACUGGUGUGGAAUAAUGCGAUCGCUCCUCUUCUCCAACAGCUAGAGGCUGUGGCUGCAGGCAGCUCUGAGGACUCGAUGGACCGUCUGUGUGAUUUGUGCGACGGUCUCCAUGGCACCUUGGCAGAAGCGGACAUGCUCGGCCGACGCUGUAAGAGGCGGUCUGGGAUACUGCGAACACUGUUCCGCCUCAUCGACCUCAACUCUGCACAACUCAACCUGCACAUCACCAAGCUCUGCCUUGCCCUGUGUGUCAGUGGAAACAACCUGUUAAACAUCUGUAAGCUUAUCUUCAAGAUCGGCCGCAGUGAAAACAACGACAUCCUCUUCCAGAACAACUCUAUCAUAGACUCAUUGCUGGGCGUGCUGAGCAGUGAGGAUGUGUCUGCAUCUGGAGAAGCUCUGCUGUACUGCGUGGGUACUCUGAAAUUUCUCUCUGGAAACAGUGUAAUCCUCAGACUCCUGCUGGACAAGAACUGUCUUGGUGUGGCUCAGAAACUCAUCCAGAGACUCUGCUUAGUUGAAGACACCUACUUCACUAUAGCAGGACACAUCCUUGUACAGCUGACAGCGACUCUUAGGAACCUCGCUGAUCACCCUGAUUCCCGUCCACUAUUCGUCUCCUUUUCUAUUCUAUCAGAGCUCUGUCUGGUGCUGCGUCAUCAUCACAAAGACCAAGACAUAUGCACCAACAUUUCCAGAAUAUACAGUAAACUCUCCUCUUACUCUGAGUGCCGCCUCGCUCUGGCCCAGACCCCCGGCUGUUACCAACUAUUUUUAGAACUGCUGAGCAAACAUCACCAAAAACAGGACCUUGUCGUGCGCCUCCUUUUCACCCUGGGGAACCUCACAGCCAAAAGCAACGAGGCACGGCAGCAGCUCUUUCAAUGCAAAGGCUGUGUGGACACACUCCUCCAGCUGUACGACAGUUACCAGCAAAGAAAUGACUCACCACGCGCAACCUCACAUAAAGGCCCCCUCUCCCUCAGCAAGUCUACCGCCACGUCGGUGAGCGUGCAGGAGGAUGAGGACGUGCUGGUGAAGCUGGUCAGGGUGCUGGCGAACAUGUGCAUCCAUCCAGCUGUAGGUCCAGCUCUGGCCAACAACACAGUCUGCAUUCAGCUGCUGAUGGAGACACUUGAACUGAGGUCUGUGCACGAGAGCGAGGAGCUGCUGAUAAACGUGGCUGCCACCAUCAACAACCUGUCCUUUUACCAGGAAGAAAGCGAAGCGCUCAGACACGGUCGACUCAUCAUCGCCAAGUUGAUGUUGAAGUUGGUGCUCAGCUCCAGUAUGGAUGCCAUGCUUGAGGCCACCCGUGUCUACGGAAACUUGUCACAGUCCAAGGAUGUGCGGGACUUUAUUAUGCAAAACAAAGUGCACCAGUUUGUGGUGACGCUGCUGGACUCAAAAAGCACUGAAAUGUGUUUUUCAGCCUGCGGGGUCCUCACCAACCUGGCUCUGGACCCUCCCAACCGGGUCAGCCUCUCACUAGAGGGGGCUGCUCCCAAGCUGGCAGACUGUCUGAAAGACUUCGGAGCAGGUGACUGGCAGCUGGCAGGCCAGGUCUGUCAGGCCUUGUGGAACAUAGUCGGCGGCUGCUCAGAGAAGCUGCUGGACACAGAGCAGAGAGAGUCACUGCUAGAGAUCCUCACUGCAUACUCAGAUGAAGAAUAUGCUCUGAAGUGGACUCAAAACGAAGAUGUGAGGGACUUCCACAGGGCAUGCUGGGAGCUAGAGUUCCUCCCUAUAGCUCAAAAACUGAUAAAGACUCUCCAGCCUCCAGACCUGACAGCCUGACACUCUGGGACAUCGAGUUAAGAGUUUCAUGUUGUCAUAGAAACCGUAGGCUUUAGAAAAAAGAACAACUGUCUUGAGUAUCUCAUAAAAAGCUAAAAUCCAUCCUUUGAGUAUCAAACACUCACCUCCUGAGUUUUAAAUACUUAAUUACUUAAUUAGUUAAUUCAAGCUGACUACAGAUACUGUUCUUCAUGAAGAUCGAGGAGCCGCAUCUGGGUUAAGUGUUUGAUACUCAAAAGAUACAGACAGGUGAAAAAUUAAAGAAAAAACCUGGAAAAAAUGAUGUAAAUCAUAUACACUAGGCUUUCACAGCCAGCAGAUCUCAACCAAAUAAACACUGAUGUUUGAAUGUGUUAGAAAGCAUCAUCAUCAAACUUUCAAUAAGGGAAUAUCUUUUGGAAGAACGGUGUUCAUCCCUCCAGUAGAGUUCAGAGACUUGCAGAAUCUAUGCUAAGCAGCAGUGAAGCUAACAGCUGAUAGAGGUAAUUAUGCAAAAUGUUAGGAGCAGACUGAAUCUUUAAAACUGCAUCUAAUGAUUAUAAACUACAUUACCAGAUCCUUUUUUUCAGUUGUGUAUAUGUAUACAGAUAUUUGCAUUUUCUUCUUAAUUUUCCUUAAUUUAUUUUUCAUCCUUCAUGUUCCUUUCUUUGCCUUAAUUUCUGAGUAUCUUUAAAUGUACAGGGAUAAUUUAAGUCAAGCUCUUUGCACAUUCAUAUAACAGACUUGAUCUGUUUUGUAAGUAGACUGUGUUGUAAAGGUGUUUUUAUGAUAAUGUAGUCUUGAAAACAGAUGACUAACAUGGAAUUUACCUCAUAAACAAAUCUUUUAUUGUAUGUGGGUUGUGUGACAUUGCAACUUGUACAUAAUAAAGCACAGCAGAAGAAAGCAGGGAAACAUUUUGCUUCUCAAAGCCUUUUUAUUAUUACACAGAUAUGGGGCCAGGCAGUGCUUACAUGUUACACCAAGUAGCCUAAAGUACAGCAUUUCAAAAUCACAUCGUUAUUACAUCGAAACAAAUCAGAAACGGCACUUAAUGUAAAAACCCCCGGUGUCAAUUCCCCCAGCUUCCGCACAAUAGUGACCUUAAAACAACCACAAGACAAGCCAAUGUUUCAAAAAAAACCUAAACAGCUGAUAACAAACAUUGUUCUCUACAAAGAAUUUCUCAGGUUGAUAUGAAAGACAGUUGGCUGGCUGAUAUCGAGGUUGCUUAAGAAAAGUUUCCUAUUCCAUAAAUUGUCAGGGAAAGCCGCUGAAAUGUGAGGGGAUAACACUGAGUUUCUGCUGGUGAUUGUGUGUUGACAGACAGGCCUCUGAGGCCUUGACGGGAAACACCCUGAAGUUCAGACAGAUUACCAGCUUCAUCAGGGAAGUGAGGGAUUUUUUCCAGUGAGGUGUAACGUGGGGUCAAACAAGUAAGAGGUAAGGUGUCUUACUAUGAAUCAGCCUUAUCUCAGUCCAAAUGUCGGUCAGGUGCAAAGUGUUUUCCCGACAAGGAGAAAACUUUGACCUCGACUGUACCAUAGGAGCAGGGAUUGUUACCUGGUUCCCAGUGAGUCACACAGUUCUCAAGCUUAUUACGGUAAAAUAAAAUUCACGAGUCAAGUCUCUGGACCGUACUGAUGACAAACUGAACUAUUCCCCUGAGUUCAGCUUAAUGUUGACGUCAGCUUCAAAGAGCUAAGUAUACUUUGGAGCAUAAGAUGUUAAAAUAACACCCCAUGUCUUUUCAUGAGUCAUCGUUUGCAUAACAGCACUUAAAUAUGCUUACUAAUUAGCAUGGACUGUUAGAUUUCCUAUAUUUGUGCAACUGAACAGUGGAGGUGAGCUGAUUGUGACGCUGAUUGUGCUGUGAGUGUUUGAUUCCUGAAUUGUGAAGGCCUUUCCAUGACUCAUACAAUCUCUUUGAUGAAGCAAUGAAAUCAAAUCGUUUAGGAGAAAACUACGAAUGAUACACAACAAUUCAAUAUCAUAGUUUAUUUUUUUCAUCUUUUUCAUAUAUUUUCAUAUAAAAAAAGUGUCAGUAACUGACAUCAGUCAGAAGUUUGAAAAAAAAUACCUCCACUUCCUCUCAAACCACUUCCAAAUGUACCAUUCUUUUAUCAUCAUCAUCACCCUCCUCCACCUCACUCAUUCAUCUGUCCAAUUCUCUCAAUCCACCCUCAGAAGAAUGCAGUACUUUACUCGUUUUAGUAAACAAAAAAAAAAAAAAAAAAAAAAGGCAGAGGAUUCACACCUCUGUUCAAAAAAAGCUGCUUUUGCACUGGUUAGACUUCCCCAGCAGGGAAAUAAGCACAGCUACAACCUUUUGCGUUCGACAGCUAUCGACCGCAGUCGGCCCUGUUCAGGCCAGCACGGUCCCCUAGCAAUGGGAACACGGCAGCCCGGAAAGAGUCUCUGCUCACCAAAGAGCACUUCUUAUAUGUUUUAUAGAGAAAACAGAAGAGGUAUUCAUUUACUGGUAAAAUUCACAAUCCAAAGCUUCGAAAGUGUUAGGGCGACCAGGCAGCUGGGAUAAGCGGAAGACAAGAUAGGUGUGGUUAGGGCAACCGGAAGCAAAUCCCUCCUGGAAAACCUGGUUUCUAACUUUCUUUUUGAUUAGCUUUUUUUUCUUUUUUCCCAUUACCAGAAAAAUAAAGACAUCAUCAUCAUCAUCAUCAAAACAACAAAUGAUAAACAGUUAUCUCACAAUAACAGAGCUACAGCAGAAGCAAGAAGUCUUUCCUUCAAAGUGCCUCGCUAUCUUUUUUUUUUUUUUUUGACACAUGAAAUUCAAAAGACGUACUUUUUUUUUCUUUCCGUCAUUUCUGUGAAACACACGCAAACAUCCACUUCUCAGUCAUCAUGAACACAACAGACUCAUCCACACAUGUACAGUCAAACUCAAAAAGGGCUCAGUGUUCUUUGAGUUUCUUUCCACACCUCUGGUUUUCACACACUCCUUGGAUUAGCUUACAUUGACAUUUGAGAUUUGGGAAGGGGGUAAAGGAGUACAGGACAAGAGGGAGGGGAGGGGUAAUGCAGUGGAUUUCUAAUGGAUAGGGGUUUAAAAGGGGUAUGAUGGGGUUUGGGAGGGUGAUUUUGGGAUCAAUAUGACCCCGCUGAAUACAAUAUGGGAGCAGCAGCAUCAGCACGUAUACACACUGUGCUGGAUAGUUCAGGCACACGUAAAAACACCGCCCAAAAUAAUGCUUCCAUCUCCAGUUACCACUAACAGCAACCACAUCGACAACAACAUCCACUUCUCUUGAUACAAAAAUGAAAUAAAAAGAUAUUAAAGAAACUAAACAAAACAGUGACGACAGAAUCAAAGUGCAGACUGUUUCAGGCUGCACAGCUUUUAUGGGGGAUUUUUUUUUUCUAUGGGUCUUCACUCUACCAGGAGAUGGAAGAGAUUGACAACCAAUGUGUCGCACGCUGGAAUACUGAAACGUCGUCCUGGAUGCCUCCGGUGUCAGCGCUCCGGCCCGGCACAAACCACCCCCCUCAGGAGAAGCAGGAGUCUGUUCCAGGCUGCCCUCUCUUGGUCAGUUUUGGCACUGCAGGCAACACGAACUGAGUUUGUGUAUCCACUUGUUGUUUGAGAUGACUUUGCUUCAACAGUUCUUUUCUCUCUUUCACUCUUUUUUUUUCUUGCUUUCAUUUUGUUCUGAUCCUCUUCUCAGCGUCCAUCCAACACCGGGACAAGCGUCAUCACAACCCAAGGCUUUUCACAUCUCUUCCAUAUUUUUGUUGAAUUCCCCCCCUUUGAUUUUUUUUUUCCUUGAAGUGUCCCAUAAUGAGCAACAACACUGACAGUAAAAAGACAACUAUAAAAAAAAAAAAAAAAA